AUGCGAGAUAUCAUUGAACAACAAUUUGGAGUUGAAACAGGUGGCUUGUUGAAAAGGAUCAUCCCUUGUACCCCCCCUGCUGGAGGUUGGCGACCAUUCGAGCACGGGGCCCGACAGUGUAUUUGUCAGAAUAUCUCCUUGAUGGGUGUUAAAGCUUCGCUUGCUAUGGUUCUGCGCGAAUUGGAUUUCCAUGAUGCGUAUGCUGAGUAUGAUUCCUUGAACUCUUCGAGUGGCUUGAAGACGAUGUUUGAUGAUAGAGUCUAUAUGAUUCAGAAGGGGUCUGGACAUCCGGCUCAGGGAUUCCCUUACAAGGUUACUCUUCGGGAUAAAUCAUGA